GCCACAGGCCCAGCCGUCUGCCUGGCUCCCUCGCUCCCUCUCCAGUAGGCAUUGUGUCUUGGGUUGCCUGAAGGAAGAGCCCGUUGGCUCUGCCAUUGGCUGGAGUGGCGCUUGCUUCCUCCCCAAUUGGCUGGAAAGGCCUGCGGCAGCCUUUGCCAGGUAGGAGUACCUCCCACUGCAGGACAGGUGAAGAUUUUCUGAGGCAGAUUGGGAUUCUUAAGGCUACAGAGCACCUGGAUUCCUCAAGAUCAGGAAGAGCAGGCAUGCCUCGGAACGCCUGAUUGUUGCCUUUCCAAAAACUUGUUUUUCCUCUCUGAUUUGGAUUUCGCAACUGGGCAAGGUGGGAGAGGGGCACGCAAACAGGAUGAGUGGCAGUGGGCUUGUCGCAAGCUCCCCAAUCUCUGAGGAAAGUGUAGCUUUUACACCCUUGAAGCCCAUUGCGAUGGCGAGGGAAUGCAGUGACGACAUGGCUGUCUUUCCAGAUAUCAAACCACCCGUACGAAUCUUGGAGAAUCAACAGGAUUUGGCCCAGGCAAGGACCGAGAUGGACAAGUACCUCUCUGGCCAAAUGCCCCCCACACCGAUGGCAACAGACAAGAAGUAUCGGCGGGAAAGCGCCUCCGUGGUGGACGAGUAUUUCUCCACUGAAAAGCCUCCAUCAGCACCCUACAGCGUCAACAUCAACGUGAUCCUUCCAGACACCACGCACCUGCGUACGGGCAUCUACCGGCCGGCUAAGCCCUCAGUGCCCUUUCCCCAGAUCAAAAUGGAGCCCGGCCCCUGCUUUGCCCAGCCCUGCCCUGUCAGCAGCGGGCCAAUCCAGACCCUGCCGGACUUCACCAGCGUCUUCAGUGUGCCGCAGUCGGUGGCUGCCAACAGCAUCUUUGUCAAACAAGAGCUGCCCUGCCCCGAAGCCCCCCAUUCGAUCAGCCCGCAGCCAGGCCUGCUCUACCAGCUCUCGGGGGAGAUGACCGCCGCGACCCCCUCUACCUGUGGCACCCCAGCCGCUGGCAGCAUCCAUGGGGUGGCCAUGUCUACUGACAGCUCCAUGCUGGACUCCAGGGCCCUUGCCCGGCCCCUGCGGUCAGCAGGACCGCUCAAGCCCUUCCCAGUGGCCUCCCAAGGCCUCAGUGGCUUCAGUGUGCCGGAGGAGUUCUACCCUGUCCCAGCAGUGAGCCUGCCCCCUUCGCCCCCCAACUCACAGCCCGGCAGCCCCGAGAACCGGCCUGAGCCCAUCAACACCAUUUCACCCCCACCCCCGUAUGAGGCCACGUUUGGACUGAAACUGGCGCCCCCAGUACUCAUCACCUCCGGGCCCAGUGCCAUCAAGAGCAUCACGCAGGGACACCUCGUCCUGCCGACCCCCAAGUUCAACCGGAGGAACAACCCAGAACUGGAGAAGAGGAGGAUCCACCACUGUGACUAUCCCGGGUGCACCAAGGUUUACACCAAAAGUUCCCACCUGAAAGCUCACCAGAGGACUCACACUGGUGAGAAGCCCUACCGGUGCACCUGGGAAGGCUGCGACUGGCGCUUCGCCCGCUCGGAUGAGCUCACCCGACACUACCGCAAGCACACCGGAGCCAAGCCCUUCAAGUGCCUGGCCUGCGGCCGCUGCUUCUCCCGCUCAGACCACCUGGCUCUGCACAUGAAGAGGCACCAGAAUUAGGCCUGAGGCACAGCCUCCCUCCGGCAAAGCCGCCCUGCGGCCCCCCCCCUCCCCACACAGACUGCGACCAAAAGCCAGGUGCCCAGCCACCCCCUUUGCCUUUUGACGUCUGGCGAUGCCCAGGAAGGCAGGCUGGGCUGGCAACAGAAAAAGGCCUCCUCCCACAGAUGGGGUCUCCAGGAAACACCUAUUUAUUUCUGCCUCCAUGAAACGUGUCGAGUCCUGACCAACACCUCUGUUGAAACCAGAGGGUGGAGAACCGCAGGAGGACGUGCGAGUCCCAUGGAAUAUCCCAGGCCUUGGCUUGCUUGAAGGAUUCAAAGCAGCACAACUUAAACUUCGGCUUAAAUUGCUAUGUUUCUGCAGCUGAGGGGGUGGAGAAAUCCUAACGUUUUGCACCUAAAGCUUCCUUAUCAACAGAAAGACUUGGAAGUGAAGUUUGUUCUUUUGCCAAACCUCUUAAGCAUCCACCCAUAACCUUCUGCCCUGCCUUGGAGUUAAAGGCCCGCUUCAGGGAAGGUAAUCUCGGCCUCGCAACCUGCACUGAACAUCUGCCCUCUGCAUCCAGAGAAGGAAAGCAGCUGCAAUAACAUGUUCUUUUCCCCCCUCUUGCCUUGCACAACAAAUGGACAGCAUGGACGGAUCAGGCAGAAAGUAGGAACUGUUCCAGGCAGAGCAAAGUGGGCCUUCCCCUACCUCACUUUCACAACCCCAGCAAACACUGCUGGCUAUUUUAACACAGCAAGGACAGCAGGAAGAAAAUAGAGAACAAAUCCUCCCAGGAUUGAGGGCCCCCUGUUGUGUCACAGGAUCCCCCCACUCUCAAGACUUUCGCUUGUGGAAGCCAACAUCUUGGUGUGCCUGGACUCUCUAUGGAGAAAGCCAAGUCAGCCAUCCUUGUGACUCACACCUUCUUUCCUUUCCUGAUCUGCCUUUGAUCCUGCUUAUAAGGCAGCCAGCAGGGGCAUUAAAAGGCUGGCCUGAUUCCAAGGUGGGCACCUCCCUCUUGGCCUCAAUUUUGCCCAUUGGGGCAUUUGGGCUUCCACGGUCCCAUCCGGACACCCCAUCAGCCUUGGGAAGCUUCAGUCCGGAGCCUCUUGCCAACUCAGCCAUAGCCAAGAGCUUUUCUUGGCUCUGCUGGAAGGCAACUGGCAGGUGGGUGGUGAGCUUAGUGCCAAAUCUUCUUCUGCAAGAGACCGCUGAAGCAGGGCAGCCCCGGUCUUGGGGUUCUUCAAUGUUGCUUGCACAUUUGAGUGUGUAUCUGUAUCUGGAGUCAGAGCCUGGGAAGGUGUCCCCAGAGUCAGCGUCUGGCACCCCCCCUUCCCUCCCUCCUGCAAGUGGCACAGCUGCUUCUCUGGUGGCAUUGAAGCCCACUCCCCAAGCAAAAUGCAGCUGAAGUCUAGUUUCACAUUUCAGUGUUGGAUCUUGCAGUUUACAGGGAGUAGGGACAGAGUCUCCCUUUUCAUACAACAGGUUAAUAUGGAACAGGAUUGCCUCAAAAGUGCUUUGUUUGAUUAGAUUUUGUCUCGCCUACAUGUUUCAUUGGUCUCCGUGAACUGAGCACGUGCUAAAUGUGUAGCUAAAAUCAAUGGGAUUUUUAAAUCUUUGUUUUAGAUUAUAGCUGUGGCUGCUUGGUUAAUUGGUUGGCAUCCUGCAAAAUUGAGUCUUAGUAGUAGUUGGGUUUGGUUUUUUUGGAUUUUUCAACUUUUUAACAAGUUUCAAGCAAGCUUGUGCAAACAUUUGCCUUCAUUCUUAGCACUUUUUUCAAUCACCUUCUCUAAAAGAUCCGCUGGACCUCAUUUCCUCUCCUUAAUCACAUAAAACUUUUGAGAAUGCAGAAUCAACCCUUUCUGAGGCGCAUUGAUUAGCCAGCUGCAAGUGGAAUUUGGAAGGCAUCUUGAACCAACCGGCUGGAUCAGCUGCUGCUUUAUUAAGUCACCAUUUUUCUUCGCUACCCAAAUGUUUCUUCACAGCACUUCCUGCAUCAAGUGAUUUCCAGUUAACCUUUUUGAAUUCUCAAACAUGCAACCCUCCUCCCCAUCUUCGCCUUGUGUUCAUCUGACCAAGCAGAGCCUGGAUUAGCUUUGCUUGCUACCCAGUUCCUCCCCCAGAUCACACCCCCACUUUCACCAGACUGGCUGCCCAUGCUGGGGAGCUCCCAGCAGCCCCCUGGACAGGCAAAAGAGGGUGCCCAGAGCUGCUUCUGGCCUGGCUUCAGGGAGCAGGCGGGGCUGGGAUGCCACCAGGAGAGGCGAGGAAAUGGCUGGAAGCGGCUGGCACAGAAAAGGCUUCUAUGGCUUUGCUUGCCAAACCCCCCCCCCCGCCCAGGUGGGGUAUCUAUUUACAGGAAAGAUAGUUGUACAUAUUUUUGUAUAUGCAAAUUUAAAAGACGGUAUUGCUUUUUUUACGUAUAUAAAUUGAAUUUGAGCUUGUGAACUCCAGCAGAUGGAAAAGAGCUGUUGUCACCAUAAUAUACUUUUGCAAAACACCCUGUGGUGAUGAUGGGGCAACGCUCAGGCUGCCAAGCCCAGAUCCCCCUUCUGACCCACUUGCCCCAGAGCCAUGCCUCCUCUCCUCCUGCUGGGGGCUCCUUCUCCCAUGUCCCCCCCCCCCCAACUGGGCUGAUGAGCCUAAAAAUGACUUGCCGCGUCCUCUUUGUUUCAAGAAUAAAUUUUUUAAAAAGCACGAAAUGGCUCCUGCGAGAAUUACGCUCUGUGUGUCCAGCUUUCCUUCAAAGUUGUAGAGGCUGGGCCACUCCCACUUCCCGCAGGUGAUCCCUGGGGUUAAGGGGUGAGUUUAGGCUCUGGCUUCACUCCUUCAGGCUCGGCUUAAGCCGGCCUUGGGCAGCAGGUGUCGCUUGUGGCUUGUCGUCAUCAAAGGCCUCAGCCCCAUCGGUCAUGGGGAGUCCAAAGAUGAUGAGUCAGGCCAAGCCGGGCAUGGGAUGGUCUGGCACGAUGGGCAAACACAUAUCGAUCGGCCACUUGGGGCACUGAUGGUUCUAGACUUGUACAGCGCGCAUGUGCUUCUGCAGUGCGCCUAACUUUGUGAAAUCAACCAGCCCUUGUGGAUGCGGCUGCACCAGGUAUUUUAUGCUAGCGUCUCCCAGUGGCCAGUCUACCUGUAGAGACUUAGAGACCUAUAGAGUAUCUUUGAAAGUUUCCAGGUGAGCAUUUUCCAGCAGGGAAUACCUGUUCCUGACCUGCUCCCCUCAGCCCCUUGUGGAGGGAUGCAGACUUGCUCUAGAGAGAACUUUGGUGUCCAGUAAUUGUUCUAGCCAUUGGACGCCUGAUACUCUGCCAGGCCAAGUCAGGUGCAAACGGUUGAGCCUCCGUGUGUGUCUUCCAUGCACAGUCUGUGUUCCGCAGGUCUGCAGAAGGGCAGUGAGUCGCAGGGCUCUGUGGACCUUCAAUUUCAUUGCUGGACUGAUCCCUCAGCAUUCCUUCCCAGCGCAAUGCAGCUGCCUGAAAGCAGAAUUCUCCUGUGCUUGGCUUCAAUCCCAGGGGCCCCUCCUUGGAGCAGGCUGCUGCCAGCAGGGGCUCGAAUUGAUCCGCUGUCUGAGGUUUCCGCCAUUUGAUCGUGCUUUGGAGUUCAGCGUGUGCACAUGGAGGAACAGGCUGGACCAUGACUUCCGUCUUUUGAACAUUGAUGGCAAGUCCAAAGUUGUCGAAAGCUGAAGAGAAUUUUGCCAUGCUGCCUUGCAUCUCUGGCUCUGAGCCAGCAUUCAGAGCUGGGAUCCCUUGAAUUUCCACCUUUGGUCAAAGGCAAGGGAGAGACACCCCUCCCCAUGGGAGGCUGGAGCUUACUGGCAGCAGUGCAUUUGCUGUGACAUUAUAUCUUAGUGCAGUUCAAAGCCUGUUUUUCUCACCACAAAAACACUGUGCAAAGGGAGAGCGACUGGAUCCAAGGUCACCCCCCCAGACCCUCAGAACCCCUCCUUGCAGGGCUGCACUUUGUGCCAAGCGUUUCAAUCACGGGGCAGUUGCGGCUCUACCUUGGGGCAACCGUUUGCGGAGUUAUAAUAAUGCUGAUCUUACUAAUGCUUCUUUGCCAUUUAGUUAAAGUCUGCCCAGGAUCAAAGGGAACUUCAGAGCAAACCAGGCAUUCUGACACGCACAAUAUUGCAUGGGGUUCAAAAAUGAAGCAGGCUUGUCCCCCCAAGACCUUGCACCCUAAUCCAGAACUUGUCAAAUACCUUUCCAAGGCAAGAGAGCAUCUCAAAACCCACUUCUGGAAAUACCGUUUGUUAAAGUUGGAAGCUUGUCAUACAGGAGGACGGAGCAAAAUGGCUCUUUUGCAAACUCCAGGUUUUUUUGGGGGGGGGGAAGGAGGGAUGGAGGGGGCAGACGCUAGGCACAGGGAGCCAGCUUGUGUGAAACUGAGACCCCCCCCAUGGGGGGGGGGCACAGGUCAUAAGGCACCUUCAGCCAACAUGAGAAGCCAACAAGACAACAGCACCCUCUGCUGGUAGAAAAGGGGAAUCACCUUGCACCAACAAAGCAAGCAGGGAGCCUUCCAUGCCUUCCUUGCCUGGCCCUGAAGGGAGACGAGGAUUUGCAGCCUUGGGAAGCCCAGGGUCCUCGAUGAGACCUGGGGACCUUGUGGGGGUU